AUGAAAGUUGUCAUUGGCGUCUGCGUGGUCGGCGUGGCCCGCACCGCCUCCGCCCUCACUGAGCUUCAAUCAUCCUCGUCGCAGUUUAUCGGCGACCGCGCUGUCGGCGUAGCACGCUCCUUGGGCGAUAUCGUCGGGAUUGUCAACAAUGCCGCGAUAGUCAGUGGCAGCGCAUCCUCGGAAAUCAAUCUACUGGCUCCUCUGGCGCUAACUACCAAAUCCAUUGAGGACCUGAAAAGGAACAAGGGCAACGUCAUUAACGUUACUUCGUCGACCAGCCAGGCGCCCGUGCCGGCAUUCGGCCCGUAUGGAGUUACCAAGGUGUCGCUGAACUAUGUUUCAAAGGCCAUCAGCGUCGAGUACCCUGAGAUCACCUGUCUGGCGUUCUAUCCGGGCGGAAGCGGCAAUGGCGGCGACAUGUCUGGAGCCACCAAGAAGCUUGCUCACCCCAUCUCAGCCGACCUGCCGGGCCGCAUUAUCGCCAAUCUGGCUCUGCGGGCCAGCCACGAGCUCACCGGCCAAUACUACGUGUACAGCGACAGCGCCAUGGCACCAUACAGCACCUAG